CUUCGCAACUUUGUUUAAUAUAUUCACGUGUGGAUUCUUCAGCAAACUACCAUGUUCGCUAACUGCCCCGGCGCCUAGGGCGUCCCGAAUGCGACCAAUAGUCUGCAGAGAUAGGCAUGGCAGCGCCUGUUUUUGUUAACUUGGAACCUGAGGAGAUAUAUUUUCGUGAUGUCAGGCUUUCUCAGGUUUAUGUACAGACCCUCCGCGUUACCAAUACGCUGCGCGGACCCAUCGAGCUUACGAUAAAGCCUGGGAGCAGCGAGCGCUACACCGUAGCCCCAAGCUCGUUACGGCUGAGAGGGGGAGAGACAGGCAGCGUUGAGGUCCGCCUGCGGGUACUACGCUUUGCACAGAAGCAAAAAGCUGUGGAACAGGGUCAGCGGGAUGUAUUCCACGUCAAGGGCUCCCACUUUGACCAGAAGUUCUACGCCACGUUUUGGCUGGCGCCGGACGCUGAGCAGCCUGGGAGGCCUAAAGCGGCAUCAGCCGGAGGAGCAAGCACCUCAGCCCCAGGGCGGGGCCGUGUUUCCGACGGCGGCUCAAGCCCUAGCAGGUCUCCUGGAGCCUCACCUCGUGCCCGAAAGGAGGCCAGGAAGAGCGUCACGUUUGCGGAGCCGAGCAGCCCGCACAGCGGCUGGCGCAGCGGUGCAGCCGGUCCGGCAUCAACGUUGGGUGGGGGCUCAGCAGACGAACGCUUAAGCCUAGGCGCGGCCUCCGCUCCUCUCGGCGUCAGCGCCUCCAUUGACAUGGGGCAACUGCACGAGCAGACGGCAGGGGCGCGCUUAGGCCUACCCAUUGGGGCCUUCCGAGGUGCUGCCUCCUGUGGUGGCGGUGGUGGGGAUGGCGGCUUUGAUGGCAUGGACGAGCCGCGCGUGAGCCGGUUGCCUCGGGCGACCUCACGCUCGCUUCCAGCGUCACCUAGAUUCGGUUUGGCGCCGGAACAGCAUUCCAGGGAGACGUCUUCUACGGAUGUGCCAUCUGAUAUGGGGGCAGCCGCUGCUGCCGCGGCCCCAACAGCCUGGAUGCCCCCUGCACGGGCCUCCAGCACCAGCACACCCAGCACAUCCGCAGGUGGCGCCGCCCAGCCCUUGCCGCGGUCUGCAACCGCCCCAACGCAUGAGGCUGAUGGCAUGAGGCUGAGCGGACCAGAGGCCCCGCAGUCUCAGCCAUCGCGCAGCAUCAGCCCGGCUCGCGCCCACCUGACCAGGAUGGGGAUUCCAGGGUUCCCAGCAGCUGGCGACAUGCCGCACAGCUCCAGGUCUGAAGAGUCAACACAGCGAGCCUCGCUCGACAGUGUGCCGUACCGCUCCCUGAGCAGUGGCGGGGGCGGGCUGGCGGGGGCGGCCGCGGCGGAAUGGCAGCGGAGACCCGUACCUCGCAGCCAGGAGGGGGGACUGGAGGAGGAGCAGGAGAACAUGCGGUUCCUGGAGGCUGAGGCACGCGCCUGCAGACCGGACCUGAUCCGCGGUGACGCGGCUGCCCCGGCCCCGGGGCUGAGGCCGCAGUCCAGUUCGGAGCUCCCUGCGCUGCCCCGGUACUCCCUCAAAUCCCUCUCCCCACGGCCCAGUUACUGCAACGAGUACGGCCUUUCAGCCGCUUCCAGCGCGCGCAGCCGAAGUCCCGAGGCCCUGCUGCGGCCGCCGCCCAGCCGCGUGUCCUCAACUGUAGUUGAACCGCGCACAGCGGCAGGGCAGGAACAAGAGGGUGGGGCAGGUGGCAGCGGCGUCGCUGAGGGACGUAUGCAAUCGGAUGGUGGCUCCUCCCGGGGACGUUACCCUGUUUCCCGCGGUCCUGAGGGCCCUACGUUUCAGCAGCUCCGGCAGCUGGGCCGCAGCUCCAGGUCAGCGGCUGGGGCAGCAGCAACUGAGGAGCAGGAGCAGGCAGCACCUGCUGCAGCGCAGCCUCGUGCACGACGGAUGAGCGACGGGGACGCGGCUGGACGGAUGCCGUACAGGUUUGACGCCACGUCAGCGCAUGCGGGUCCGGCGGCUGCCGGGCUGGCUGUGGGCGGCCACCGGGGCGCGAGUGGCGGAGGGGCCAUGGAAGGUGGCAGCCUUGAGGCGCCGGCUUGGGUUUCGGAAUCGGAGGGCAGCACGGCGGAGUUGCAGCUGCAGGUGCGAGCUCUAGAGCGGCAGCAGGUCUCCAUGCGCCGCACCAUCGAGCAGCAGCAGGAGCUGAUCAGGGACAAGUCGUCCGUGCUACAGUUGCUGCAGGUGCAGCUGGAGAGGGCCAAGACGGAGCUUGCGGAGCGAGCAGCAUCCAGGGCAGAUCCUGAUGUAGAGGCGGCGACUUCCGAAAGGUCAGCGCUGGUGAAGGAACGUGCAACCCUGACGACACGCCUGGCGCAAGCGGAGGCAGCGCUGGCAAGCAGCCGUCAGGAGGCCGCGGCACUGCGGCGGCUGCAGCUGGAGCUGCAAUCCCGGCAGCCCGAUGUGGCUCGAGCAGUGGAUGCGGCAUUGCUGCAGGAGCACGCACUUCAGGAGGAGCAGAACCGCAAGGCCCUGGAGUUGCUGAUGGAGAAGGACGGCCGCAUUCAGGAGCUGGAGGACCAGGUGUCGGAACUGCAGCGGGGCAACGAGCGCCUGAGCUCGCUGGUGUCGGAGCUGCGGGAGCGCAUGCAGACGGCGGAGAGCCAGGUGAUGGAUGUGUUGCGGCAGAAGGAGGCGCUGGUGGAGGCAGCGGAGCAGGACCGGCGGCAAGCAGAGCGCAUCGUGGCCGAUCUAGAGCGGCGCCUCGCCCUAAGCAACAGUGCUACCUCCGAACUGCUUGCUGCUCGGGAGCGGAUAGCGGCUGCGGAGCAACGCGCGCUGGACGCGGAGCGGGGCCUGGCCCUAGCUGAGGCACGUGCGGCGGAGGCGGAGUCGCGCGUGCAGGGGAGCAUUGAAGCCAUGCGCGGGCAGUACCUCCAGCAGCAAGAUGACCAGCUGGAGGCGAUGGCGGAGGAGUUGCAGCUGCGGAGCUCAGCGCUGCAGGAGCAGCAUGCGGAGGCCAUGCGGCGCACAGAGGAUGCCCACCAGCGGGAGGUUACCGAGCUCCAAACCCGGAUCUCAGAACUCAUUCAGGAGCUCGCCCGGGUGGCCUCCGGGCCCGGCGACGGCGGCGCCAAGGACCGCACAUCCUCCCCGCCGCGGGACCUGGCGGCGGCCACCAACGCCAGGCUCGCCGCGGAGGUGGAGCUGCUGCGGCAGCAGCUGACGUCAUCAACCUG